GUCGACUCGGAUGUCUACGGGCUGAACUUCACCCUUGUCCUAGAUACUUAAGUGUUAUUUUUUUUCUACUCGAGCUACAUUCUUGGAACUAUUCUCUGUGGUGCGUGGUUUUGUACAAUUUGAAAAUCGAAUUUUGGUGCGUAGUUUUCGAGUUUGAUAGGCAUUCAACAUCCUAACAUAGAAAGUGUGCCCCGGAACUUGACGUCGAAGCUCGAAGGAUAAAAGUGAGAUAUCGACGGUUCUUUUUCCGGUUUUCAAACUCGACCAAGGAUUCUAGAUAGUCAAAAUGCUAGCCAAGGAAGGUCGUGCAGCAGAAAAUCAGCGGGAAUUAGUAGGCUAGGCAGAAGCAAGCACAGAGGAAAUCCACUGAGAAAGGUUUACGUUUUACUUUGUGUUUCGAUAGUCGUAUUAAUAUGGCAGAAAGCGUUUCCUAUGAAAAUGACGGACAGUUUAAUCAUCUCAGAACUUCCCUGCCGGUUCCUAUGUUUUCUCGCAGUGACUUCAACAUCUGGUCUGUGCUGAAAAAUUGCAUCGGUAAGGAGCUAAGCAAAAUCACCAUGCCAGUCGUCUUCAACGAGCCGCUGAGCUUUCUGCAGCGAAUGACCGAGUACAUGGAGUAUGCCAAACUGCUGCGGAUAGCAUCGGAACAGUCGGAUCCAAUCGAACGACUGAAGUACGUGUCGGCUUUCGCCGUGUCUGCGCUGGCAUCCAACUGGGAACGGCUCGGAAAACCAUUCAAUCCACUGCUGGGCGAAACGUAUGAACUCACGCGGCCCGAGUUCCGAAUCAUCUGCGAACAGGUAUCACACCAUCCACCGAUUUCGGCGUUCCAUGCCGAUUCAGAGGGUUUCUCCUUCCACGGGUCGAUUCAUCCGAAGCUAAAGUUCUGGGGCAAGAGUGUGGAAAUUCAGCCGAAGGGAGUUGUGACCGUCGAGUUCCCGAAGCUGGGCGAAGCGUACUCGUGGAGCAAUGUGAACUGCUGCGUGCACAAUAUCAUCGUUGGGAAGCUAUGGAUUGAGCAGUACGGCGUGAUGGAACUUAUUAGCCACAAGAACGGCAUGAAAGCGACACUCAACUUCAAGACGGCCGGCGUGGGCAAUAAGGAUUUGCACCGGGUCGAGGGUUACAUAUCGGAUCGGAACAAACGCAAGACACAUUUCCUGUACGGUAAGUGGACGGAGUUUAUCAAGUGUACCGAUUACGCUUCGUACGAGGAGUACUGCAAGGAGAACAGUUACAAGUUCAAGCGAGGAGAUGAACGAAGCAAGAGCCCCAAUGAAUCGCCGGGAACUACUCCACGGAAGGUGCUGUCCAAGCUGAACAGUCUCAAGAUGAGUUCUUUCAAGAGCCUGUCGAUGUCCGAGCCGGAUGAUCCACCGGAACCGGCCGAAGGGGACAUUCCCAAGAGUGAUUCGACCUACUCAAUCGACAUCCCGAACUCGGUUAGCCUGUGGGAGGCGGAAGCUCGACCGGGCAAUACGGCAGAGUACUACCAGUUUACGAACUUUGCCAUGUCGCUGAAUCAGCUGGAGGAUCACAUGAAACAACCGCGAACCCUCUGUCCGACCGAUUCCCGCCUGCGGCCCGACAUUCGAAAGCUCGAACAGGGCGACAUGGAUGGGGCGGCGGCGGAGAAGACGCGACUGGAGGAGAAACAGCGCGAGAACAGGAAGAAGAGUAAAAAGGGAGACGAUGGGGUGAUUUUUCCAAGGUGGUUUAAGCACACGAUCAACCCUCACACCAAGCAAGAAGACUGGAUCUACCAGGGAGGCUAUUGGGAGCGGGCGGACGAUUCCCUGGAGUUGGACAUUUUCUGAACGACGUAGACCGUCUAGCCGACAGAAAACGCGCAGCUAUCUCCUAUCAUACAAUUGCAUUGCAGUUAUCAAACUCACAUAAAAGCAUAGGUCCAAAGCGGACCGACCCAAGACAACCGUUACAACUUGUAUAUCUGUGCAUAUUUUAACCUCUUAGUGAAAGAGCUACUCACAUUGAAAAGAAAACAUUCCUUACACACUCAUACAACAUUACUAUUGGAAAGGGGAAAAAAGCUUCUUAUUUCUUUAAGGAGCUUUCAGAUGUACGAUUAGAAGUGCUUAAUUCGUGAUCAGCGGGAUCGGGUAUCAACAAUAGAAAAUUAGCAGCGAGUGAGUGCCAAUGGGCUUGGAAAAUGCAACAUAGAGCGUCUAUUUACUCCCACACACACACACACACAGAGAAAGUAUCCGAGUUAGUAAACCAAAUUUGAAACUCAAUGUUUUAGAAUGACCAAACUGAAAAAAAACAAUAGUUCCAGUUUUUCUAAAAGAAAAAACUAGUUUGUUGAUCGUUAAUUUGCAAAUACGAGAAAAAGAAAGUCAGAUUUGAAAGUUAUAGCAAUAAAUGUACUGUAGUCAGCAUCAACACAAUGAUUUAUUGGCGGUGAAGAAACGAAAAAGAGAGACAAACGAAUUUGAUUCAUACAAGAGAAGUAUCGAAAACAUUCCAGCCAGCGAGGCAAUAAAUAAAUAAAUAAAAAAACAAAAAAAAAAAAACAAAUGCUACCAAACCGAAUUCGACAAUAUCAUUUUCAAACUCGUUUAGGGAAACAGGAGAAAGCAAACGGUAGUAUGUAUUUUUGCAAAAGGUUAAAUAAAACAUAAAAGUUAGAAAUCUAUAAGUUAGCAGUUAGUAGCAGCGGGAGUUUUAAGCAGAAUCUAAAUGUCUUGACCGUUCGGUUGACCUGCGAGGUUAUGUAGACAUUGCUUGUUUGGAUUUCGACUGUUUAGAAAUUCAGAGAAAUAAAUAAGUCAGGUUGGGCGGGGAGAAGUACACCCACCAAAUUGUGCAGUUUACACACUUUUACCAUUGUUUAGCUUAAGGUUGUACUCUCUAAAAACUGAUAUUGUCUCAUGCUUUGGGCCUCUAGGUCCAGAACCGAGGAAGUUUCAUUGAGUUUAAUUUGGUUAGACAAAGUAUGUAUUAGUGGAUUGACGGUUUGAUUUUUCACAACUUUUAAUCUAAAACAACUUUC